AUGCGGACUGUGGUUGUGGUGCUGUUGGUUACUUCCCUGGUCUGCGUGGCAGCAGGGACAGAUGACGACCCGUUCAAAACGUGCGUUACUUCGAGAAAAAGAGUGGCGGACCUCUCCGAUAAAAAUCUGACAUCCUUCCCUCCAUUUCUACCCAACACCACGGAAUACUUGGACAUUUCUCACAACCCUCUCCAAAGUAUCACCACCGAGUCUUUCCCUCAACUGCCUCUGCUGUGUUUCCUGAAGGCAACUUUUUGCGGCCUCCGGGAUAUUUCUCCCGGUGUGUUUCAACGCAUUCCUGCGCUCCAAAUUCUCAAUCUAUCCUUCAAUGAAUUCAAAGUCAUUCCCGCCAUUUCACUACCCCGCCUGACAUUUUUGGAUUUGACGGAUAAUCUCUACGAAAGCUACCAACUGCCGGAGUGUUUCCAGAACUUAACAAAUCUGCAAGAGCUGUUAUUAGGAAGCAAAUCUGCUGUGUCAGUGCAUUUAAAUGACUUCAAACCUGUGACUAACAUCUCCUUGCAACAUUUGGUUUUGGGUGAGGGAGUACCCUGGCAAAUUUACGAAUCAGGCGCCCUCGCGAUGUUAUCUCUGAAGAAAUUAUCCCUAUAUGUUAACUUCUGCGAGCACUUCAACAUAGUCAACAACCUUCUGGUGGAUUUGAAUGCAUCACGGGUGAGCGCCUUGAGAUUCGUCACCGUGUUUUCCGACGACUGCAACGUCACCAGCGACCCCUUCCUGAACCUGCGGGCCAUGCCGUACGUACGGAACGUCAGCGUGGAAAACACUUGGAUCAACAGCUCGUUUCUGGAGAUCUUCUUAAAGACACUUUUGCUGUCUUCUAUCGAGAACUUCUCCUUUAUCAACUUGACGUACAGUGAAGAUAAACCAGAUGGGUUCCAGUUUCACUUUCACCCCGUCAAUCAUACCAUUAGUCUCCGUGCUGUUACUUUUGAUACGGUGAUACAUUAUCAAUACAGAUAUCCCGUAUUUAACAUGAGUUUUGAGGAUGCGUUAAAUUUGCAAUACCUCAGGUUUUCCGGGAGCGGUAUGAACAUUUUACCCUGUAAAAUCAUCUCCACCCUGCCUACGCUGGAGACCCUGGACGUGUCCGACAACCUCCUGUCAGAUUUGGGCUUCUGGUGGCCUUCGUGUUCUUACACUUCGGUCUUCCCAAGCCUCAAGCAUCUGUUGAUGAGCAAAAACCGGUUUGCCAGUUUGUCCUUUAUCUCGACACAGACGCACCAAAUGAAACAGCUGGAGUCCCUGGAUUUGAGUUUCAACUCCAUCGACUUGGACCAAAGUUGCAACUGGCCCGCUCACUUGAUUGAAAUCAAUCUUGGAAAUAACAAUCUGGGCAAUAGUGUUUUUGAGAACUUGUCACCAAAUUUUGAGCGGAUUUACCUGUCCAAAACGGGAAUCACCGCCAAUCACGCAAGACGUCCUGUCUCAGUUCCAAAGCUGACACACCUCCAGCUCAGUUCCAACAGCAUUCAAGUCCUCCCGGAAGAACUCUACGCCCCGAAUCUCAUCAGUCUCUACGUGGACCAGAACGCAAACACUCUUUCCCAGCAAGUCUUAGAGGGACUUCCCAAACUUCAGAUCCUCAAAGCUGGCAACAAUCCCUUCAUUUGCUCCUGUGACCUACACUGGUUCCUCACAGGUCUAAACAAGUUCCUCUUGGACUGGCCUUUGGAUUACCUAUGCAGCACGCCGGUUAAAAUCAAAAGGACUUCCUCUUCCGAAUACAAAACCAGCGCGAUCGCCUGCGAAACGUGGCUCCAAAUGACAGUUGCUUUCUCCGUUAUUUUUGUAGCAACAACUUUGGGCCUGCUUUUCUAUAAACUUGAUGGGGUUUGGUACACGAAAAUGUUAUGGGUGUGGAUUCGGGUGAAGAGAAGAGGCAAGAAACAAUCGCACUUGUUGAAAAAGGUGUCAUUCGCUUACCACGCCUUCAUCUCCUACAGUCACCGGGAUGGCGAUUUUGUGAACGGUGACCUGGUACCGUCCUUGGAGAACGCCGGGUUUUCGUUGUGCAUUCACGAACGUGAUUUCGUACCGGGUGAUUGGAUCAUCGACAACAUCAUCAACUGCGUCGAGUACAGCUACAAAACACUCUUCGUCCUCUCGAAACAUUUCGUCCAGAGCGAAUGGUGCAACUACGAGCUCUUCUUUGCCCAACACCGAGCUAUCAACAUCCAAGAGGAUUCUUUGGUUUUUAUCUUGUUAGAACCCAUUCCCACAGAUUGUCUGCCGAAAAAGUUCUUGAGACUGAGAAGUUUGCUACGGCAGCAGACGUAUCUCGAGUGGCCUAAGGAUGAGAGGAAGCAGCAAGUGUUUUGGGCGAGUCUUAAAUCCAUGCUGCAGACGGCAGACAAAUCUGUAAUUUUGAAACAUGUGGCUCAGGAUCUUGCUGAUACAGCAACAUUACUCACUAACGAGUCCUAACAUGGGUUCGUUUAAUAAAUGACCACCAUUGUGUAAAAAUCUUAACGUCUGCUCACAAUAUUUUGAUGAGACCUGUUUUUAAUUUUGCAAAAUAAAUCCACUUUACAAUUGAUGAUUUGUAAAUGAUUGUUAACCUUGUCCAAUGACUGAAUCUUUCUUUAUUCGAUUAAAAUCUUUAUUAAAUGUU